ACGAAGGAUCGAGUUGUUUCUGUAAUGCCUAAUUUCACUGUGAAAUAAAAGUUAUUUUUAUCGGUAUCUAUUAUUUUUAAUAAAAUCAUUGACAAAUCGCGUUCGCGAGUUUCGGCGGAUAGUGUUCACCCGACGUGCCCACACGAUGUUUGACCGCGGGAGCGUUACGGGCCACAGUUCAUUGCCUUAUGUAAAACUUGAAAUGGUGUUUCUUCCGUGAGUGACCGAAAUAAUACGGUGGCUUAUGUGUACAUUGUGUGUGAGUGAAUUUAAAGUGUUACAAUGUCGAUUUCGACGGCACAAGUGUUGAUGAAGAAGGGGAAGAGAGGUGCAGCCGCGUACAUUAGCGCGGAUUGCGCGAGCGGAUCCCCUCAGCACCUGGGUCCGCUGCUGGACGUGCUCCUGAAUCCCAGCAAGGCCAUCGACGAAUGGGAGACGAUCGACUGGUGCCGCUGGCUGCUGGCCGGCGGCCGCACGCCCGACGAGUUCGCGGCUGUCGUUCGGAGCUACGACAAGCAUGACAAAUGCGGCCUCGUGUGGAUCCCGCGCGUGGUGGCGUACCGCUGUCGCACGUGCGGCAUCUCGCCCUGCAUGUCCAUCUGCCGCGAGUGCUUCCACCGCGGCGACCACUCCACGCACGACUUCAACAUGUUCCUGUCGCAGGCCGGCGGCGCGUGCGACUGCGGCGACAACUCCGUCAUGAAGGAGGACGGAUUCUGCAGUAACCAUGGCAACAAGUGUCCCAGACCCGGCACGGCGCCCGCGGAGCUCAUGUGUGUGGCUGAAGCCAUGAUGCCAAGACUCAUACUGCGACUACUGCAACAUUUUAGAGAGAACAGUGACCAACCCUCAGGCCAGGCACAACCCACAUCGAACAGCUACCGCAUAGCGGUGCAAGAAUGCGAGGGCUACGUGCAGAUGCUGAUGGAGUUCAACAACAUGGGAGACCUGAUGCGCUCCGCCAUGACCAAGGCGCUCAUCAACCCUCAGAUGUACAGAAACCUGGUGGAGCCCCCAUUCCCGGACACCGAGUACGGGCGCUACAUGGCCGAGUCCAACCUCACCUACGAGAGGGCGCUGGAUUCCUUCCCGGCGCCCGAGUACUUCCCUGACGAAUACCGCCACCUCCCGGCAUUGGCCCCGCGACUGUCCCACAACACGCUACUGGACGAAUUUAUCUUCUGGACAUUCAAAUACGAGUUCCCUCAGAACGUAGUCUGUUUCCUGCUCAACAUGCUGCCUGACCAGGACUACAAGGAACACCUAACCCGCACGUUCGUGAUGCACUACGCUCGCAUCCCGCUCGUCCUUGAGGCCGCCGGCGACCCCGAUAUGCUCUCCAACCGAGUCGUCCACAUGUCCGUCCAACUCUUCUCCAACGAGGCCCUCGCCCUGCGCUGCGUCCAGCAACUACACCUCCUACACGUCAUGGUCCUAUCACUCAAGCUCAUGAUGGGCAAGAUCCUCGUACAGAAUACACUCCACGACCCAGAGAAGAACACCCAUAAAGUGAUAGACUGCACGCGGAGAGUGAUGAAGGAACACUGCUACUGGCCUCUGGUGUCGGACUUCAACAACGUGCUGUCGCACAAGAGCGUGGCGCUAGUGUUCCUGCAGGACGACGCGCUGGUCGAGAUGUGGUUCCAGUUCCUGUCCAUGCUGCAGGGAAUGAACGUAAACGUCCGCGAAACCGACGGCCACAUCGAGUUCGAGCCGUCCUCGUACUACGCCGCGUUCUCUUGCGAGCUGGAAGCGGCCGCUUAUCCCAUGUGGUCGGUGCUGUCCCACCUGACGAGUCCGCAACACGCGCCCCUGGCCAAGAGGAUAGUGGCCGCCGCGGCCAACUGUCUGCAGGAGUGGCUGGAUGAGAUGCAGUGCACCACUCCCAGGGCGCUCCAGGCUGGCACGAUGCACGCAUCCUUCCACUUCCCGUUGCACCGCUACCUGGCAGCGUUCCUCUGCAGCUGCGUGCGCACGCUCGGCGUGUCGGCGGCCGAUGUGCUGCCUCCACCUAGGGUGCUGGCGUUACUCGCCCACCAUCCGCUCAGAGUGCAGAGCUUGUUCUACGAGAUCCUGGCCGGCAUCUGGGUGCGCAACGGGCUGCAGAUCAAGGGGCAGGCCAUGACGUACAUCCAGGCCAACUUCUGCAACUCCAUGGUCGACAUGGACAUCUACUGGCUGCAGAUCUGCGCCGCGCACCUGCCCGCCGACCAGUUCCUGGACAUGUGCAUUGAUAUGUUUGGCGUCCGCGAGUGGCUGAGCAUGGUGCCAAUGCCACCCGUCCAAGCUGCUGAGCAAGACGCUAUGGUGGAAGGUCUCCUCACCUUCCUAGCCAUCCUCGUCUCUUCACGGACCAACCUUGGUAACGAUGAACUAACGCAGUCACGGCUGGAAGUGAGCACACUGCUGGCCGCCGGUGACAAAACACACUCGCAACUCCUUGAGCUGAUGCCUGAGCGAUCUGGCAACGCACACACCAGGAAUUUUGAAGUUGUUCUUAAAGAGUUAUCAACAUACCGGCCACCUCCCCGCGGCUCCGAAAACCUCGAGCAGGGCCUCUUCGUGCCAACCCCCCUGGUGUGGCAGAAGUACUACGACCCCCUCCACGUGCUGCGCCGCGCGGUCCACAGGAGAGACUUCCAUGCCUCUAUGGAGCGCUUCACCGCCUACGUUCGCGAGAAGCAGAAGGCAUCAGCGCAGCCCAGCACGAGCAAGCCCGGCGAGGGAGCAGCGCUCUGGCCGCCGUUACGACCGGCCGCCGCGCCGCCUCCUGAAGCCGGUGACCCUAGAGCCAUCUGUGCCUCAGGUGUUCUGCACGGCGCAUUACUAGCGGUAUUACAUCGGGGGGUGCACAGGCGAGCGCCCGACACCAGCGCGCCGCACGCGCCACCCGACCACGUGCUUGCUCUUGCAGUAUAUCUUCUGGAUGUAGGGGCUCAGCUGGCUGCCGAGCGAGCUACGGAUCAUGAUCUGGACGUGAUGGUGGCGGGUGGCGAGGGCGGGUCGCGCGGCACGGUGGUGUCGGGGCGGCCGCUGCUGUCAGCCCUGUCAGGCGCGCUGGCGGACAACGCGCGCACGGUGGUGGCGCGCCUGCCGCCGCCGCGCGCGCCCGCGCCCGCGCCCGGGCCCGUCUACCCGCACCACUGCCACUCCGACAGUGACACAGAAUGGGAGCCGACGGAACCCGAAUCAGCACGAAUAUCACCGAUGAAAUCAGCACUGCUAUCAGCUAUGAGCACGGCGUUAGCAGUACCUCCGAAUCUAGACAUGGUGCCAAACUCAGCGGAACCAGUAGACACUGACGACCAAUCGGACGGCGGUGGCGACGCCGCGCAAAUCAGAGCUUUGGAGAGCGGCAGUAUCAGCUCAGCCGCGGAAGGCAGUCGCGCGCUCGCUCUAACAAUGCCCGGCGCCGACACCGACAUGGCCGACGACAUGGCCACUGACAUGUCGCUAGCGCUCAACGAGCGGGAACCAUCGCCCCCCGCCUCCAUCCCUAUUGAAUACGAUGUGUCGACCCCCGAAUGGAGCGUGAGCUUGCGAGAAGACUCACCGCCCUUGUCUCACGCCCUGCCGUGCACAGACCCGCAGCCUUCUACCAACACACAGGUGCAACUUCAUACGGGCACGGACGAUUCGAUCCCCGUCAACGAGUCUAUAAUCUCGCUGCUGCUCAAACUGCACUCGCAGCUCUCGGGCCGAUUAGACUCUUUCUCACUAGAAGAACCGGAACCAACCGUGGACGAGCCUAUUGGUGACGGACCACACUUCAUCGGCCAAGUCCUACGGAAACUGGCACGACUAGACGCGCGCUGCGCGGGCGCCAUCGCUCACGUGCGGCACUCGCUGUGGCCGCACCAGCGCGAGCGGCAGGCCGAACAACGGGCAAGGGAACGGCGCGAAAAGGAAGAGCGCUCCCGGCGCGCCCGCGAGCGUCAACAGCAGAUGAUGAAGGAGUUCCAGCGUCGCCAGCAGCAGUUCCUCAGCGCCAUGCAGCGCCUGGAGCCCGAGCCCAUGGACCUGGACGCGGACGCUGACUACGACUGCGUCAUCUGCAACACCAGCUCCACUUCUACCCCGCAGCAUCCUAUAGGGAGGGUCGUCCUGCUGCAGUCUACUUCUGUGCUCGGCCACCGGCGCCGCCAGGACAGCGGAGGCGCGCGCCUUGCGUUGUCGGAGCGUGAGCGGGCGCGACUGGCGGAGCAGCGGGACACGACGGCCGCCGCGCACCACUACCGGUUGCACGACGAACUGCAACAACACUUCGACCAGGAAGCAUGGCUGCUGUCGGUGUCGGUGGGGCUGGAAGGCGGCGUGCACGUGGCGUCGUGCGGACACCACCUGCACGUGCGCUGCCUGACGGCGUACCUGCGCUCCCUGGCGGCGCCCGCGCGCCCGCACAACUUGCACGUGGCGGGCGGCGAGUUCCUGUGCCCCGUGUGUCGCCAGCUGGCCAACAGCGUGCUGCCGCUGCCGCCGCGCAGCGCCAUCCCGCCGGCGCCGGAGUCGCCGCCGCACGAGGCUGUGCGCGAGAUGCUGCUGCGCACGCACCCACAGCCUGCAUCUAGCGCCCUGACGGACGCCAUGAACAAAGCGAUGGAGGACAUGACAGCCACCGCCAGCACCAAGCUGCGGCAACGCUACGGCUCUUCACCCGCCGCCAUCUUCACGUUCGUCACUUCAUUGGUGCGUACGAACCUCGAAUGCGAGUUGGUCCAGCGCGGUGGUUCCCUCGUGACUCCAGAGCCUGAACCGGCGUCUUCUUCGACGGCGGAACCCAGGCCGCGGUAUAAGCCUCGAAACGACUGCAUAGUGCCCCUGAUGGUGGUGGCGGGCGCGCACGCGCGCAUGGUCCGCGCGGGCGGCGGGCUGGGCGCGGCGGCCACGUGGCAGGAGCUGUGGCCCGCCGCCCUCGACCCGCCCGCCGGCCCCGCCAGCCCGCCCGUGCCCGCGCCGCAACAGCGCCCCGUACCGCUGCUGCUGAGGGAUCCGCUGGCGCUGCUCAUGCACUUCUUACUGCUGGCGCCGCAGGAUCCACCCUACAUGGCUCCCCAACACUUCACCUGCAUAGUCCAAGCGCUAUACGCUCUCAGCUACUACCAGAUCGUCUGCCAAUUCCUCGCCUGCGCCUCCGCCGCCGGCCGAGUGGCUUUAGGAGCUGCCACUCAACCCUCAGGGCUCGCACAAGCUGCCAGGCUAUUACUGCAGGCGCUGGCGGGGUCAGAGCUGUUCACUGAAGAUGAGCCUGGUGCGAGUGAAGACGUGGACGUGGCACACAUGGAGCGUCAGUUGCAAGAGCUGCUGCUGCCGUUCCUGCGCGUGUCGGCGUUGCUCCGCCACCACCUGUACGGCGGCUCGCUGCCCGCGGUGCCGUCGUGCGAGGCGGAGUUCCCCGCGCUGGCGCACUACCUGGAGCUGUGCACGCAGGCCGCGGAGGACGUGGCCGCCGCCGCCUUGCCGCACCACGCGCCCCAGCUGGCCCGCGCGGCCGCCAGAAGACUCAGCCAAGCGGCCCGCGGCGGCCGCCUCGCCGUGCGGCGCAUCCUCCGCUCCCUGCACGUGUCGUGGCUGCCACCAGCGCUACUAGCCCUCCCGCGCGACUACGACCGCCUGUUCUCCUACUACCACGAGCGCGUCUGCCUUCAGUGCGGAGCUGUGCCUAAAGAAGCGUCAGUCUGUCUCCUCUGCGGGACCCUAGUGUGUCUCAAGCAGCCCUGCUGUCGACAGCACCAAGUCGCCGAGGCUGUGCAGCACGCGAUGGAGUGCGGCGGCGGCACGGGCAUCUUCCUGGUGGUGACGUCCACCUACAUCAUCGUCAUCCGCGGCCGCCGCGCCUGUCUGUGGGGCUCGCUCUACCUCGACGACUACGACGAGGAGGACCGAGACCUCAAACGCGGCAAGCCACUGUACUUGUCGAUCGACCGCGCGGAAUUACUGCAGGCGCAGUGGCUGGCUCACCGCUUCGACCACACCAAGCGCACCUGGGUCUGGCACCGCGACUCGCUCUGAGUGCCCAUCUGAAGCUGCCGGGCGUCAAGGCGACCCGAUCGCCGUCACUUCUAAUUUGAACGACCUUACGAAUCUGCAGGACUUGUAAUCAAGGGAUUAUGAUUAUUUCUGUACCAUAUUUUUUCUUCUCACAGAGUCAAAUAUGAGAUCUCUAGGGUCUUGCAUUCUUGCAACUGAAGAAGUGUGGUAAAGAAAUCCCGGACUGGACAUACUGUGUACUACGCCAAUACUAUCGAAACUGGCCUCACAACCGGCCAUACUAUAACAAUAUUU